AUGCUCAACUUCAUCCGAGGAAACUUCCUCACCUUCACGGCCGGCGUUCUCCUCAUCGGUCCCUUCCUUUUCGCAUACUAUCUGCUAGGCGUGGUAAUCUCAGCACCACUCCUGCUCGUCCGAUCAUCGCCGCCAGAUCCAUACUUCCAUCUCCUGGUCCCGUCGCCUGCCACCAACGGCAACGUCUGCAGAUCAUUCCUUUCGGCGCGGAUAUUAGGCUACCCAGAUCCUAUCUUUGUCGGAUGGGAUGAGAAAGAUCAGUUCAGCGAGUCUGAGGCGUAUCGGUUCAAAAUCGGGCAGACAUUGAAUUACUUGAAGAACCUGCCUGCAAAGGCCGACACGGACAUAGUCUUGGUAUUAGAUGUCGCCGAUGUCUGGCUUCAAUUACGACCCGACGUUCUCAUCAAGCGAUACUAUGACGUUCUCGACCGUGCCAACGAUCGAUUGAAAAAGGAUCGUGUACAUGGCAAGCUGUUCGCUGGCGCCGAUGUCAGCCAACAGAUUGUAUUCGGUGCGGAUAAAUUGUGCGCUCCCCAGAAGGAGUCUGACCCGGCUUGCUGGGCGGUGCCAGAGUCCACCCUGUCCGAAUUCGCAUUUGGUCCGCAGACUGAUAAGGGUGAAUUGGAGGUUAGACGCCCACGAUGGCUGAACUCAGGUACCAUCAUGGGCCCUGCUGCAGCUAUGCGAGACAUGUUUGAGGGUGCAAUGGAUGUCCUUCAUGCUGUUGACCGAGAGGAGCGUGAAGGUCAUCCUUCUGACCAGUUCUACUUCAGCGAGAUUUUCGCCGAGCAGGAGCUUAAUCGACACAAGCUGCGCAAUAACAGCUUCGAGGCUGCACAUCCAGAACUGCCCAAAAUCCCGGACAUGAAGAGAACAGAAUAUCACAUUACUCUCGACUACGAAUCCGAGCUUUUCCAGGUGUUCGCAAGAUACGAGAAUCACAUCACAUUCAUGCGUCAUCAGGACACUACUCCUGCGAGCCUCAGUCAUUCCUCGGACGGUCGAAUGCCCCGUCCCGAUGAGCUACGCUUAAGCCCGGACGUCAAGAAAUCCGACCCGCCAUACACAGGCUCGAAUGGCAAGGAUGGCCUUCCAUUCAGGACAGACUGGGUCAGAUCUAUUCUGGGCGUCAACACUGUGACCGGCCUCCCCAUUCCGGUUAUGCACCUGACGAACAAUGAGCAAUUUCGUGACGCAAUGUGGGGACGCAUGUGGUUCCAGGGGUCGAAAGAUUACGGCAAACGUCUCUUCAAGGCUGCGGCAGAACGACUCAAAGCGAAGCCUGAGCACACAUUUGUGCAAGUAGGGUCAAUCAAGUACCACCCCGCGUCUUUCCGUCUCAGCGAGUACCGCGAUGAGAGGCAGGGCGGUGUAUGGACCAGCACCAACGAAUGGAUGCCGUUUGACGAUGUUUGCGGUGACUUCGACGAUGCCCUGUACCCUGAAUACGACAAGGGUUGGUUCGAUGUAGGCUUCCCGACGGACGAGUUGGACGAAAGUUCCGAUGCCGACAAGGACAAGGGCGAUGAUAAGAAGGAAGAUGGUGACGACCAAGAAAAUCAAGAUGAGCAGAGCGAUGACGAAGAGCAGCACGUUGACGGAGAAAUCCCUGGAGAUUUCGGAUUAGCGGCCGGAGAAAAGCCCGAAGACGAACAGGAAGAGGCUUUCCCGUUCGCCGAGACCGUCGAGACCAUCGUCGAGUCUGGCGAGAAGCGUCGCCGUCGCCGUCGGAGCUCUGGAAUUGUUUGA